CAUCAGUGCCAACUGUCAGUGUCCAUCAAUGCCACCUAUCAGUGCCCAUCAAUGCCACCUGCCAGUGCCCAUCAAUGCCACCUGUCAGUGCCCAUCAGUGCACAUCAAUGCCACAUAUCAGUGCCUACCAGUGCACAUUAAUGCCACAUAUCAGUGCCCAUCUGAGCUGCCUUUCAGUGCCAACUAUCAGUGUCAGUCAGUGCCACCUAUCAGUGACAGUCAGUGACACCAGUCAGUGCCGCCUAUCAGUGCCACCUAUCAGUGCAAAUUAGUGCAGCUUAUCAGUGCCUAUCACUGCAGCCUCAUUAGCGCACAUCAGUGAAGGAGAAAACUUACUCAUUUACAACAUUUUAUAA